AAUCAGAGCACCACCUUAUGGGAAGGGAUAUGAAUAGGCUCACUUUAUCAUCUUUCUAUAAAUGAAAAAAGUGUUUUGCUCAUAAGAGUAGAUUGUGCUCCAAUCAGCUCCACCAAGGGGAGUUCGAUACUAACUGGAGCACAAAAAAUAAGAAGUUGAAUGAAGUUUUAACGGAUAUCGCAACUAGACAGAUUCAAUUGUACCGAGAGGAAGUUGAUAUUGUUCGGAGCAAAUGGAGAUUUUCAUUAUUGUGUGUUUUAUGUUUGUGACUGUUUUGGAAACUGAAGCCUUCAAUAACAUCAAUUUUGCUGAUGUUAACUGCGGAAAAUACAGAGCAGCUCGACGUUUUGGAAAGAUAGUGGGUGGCAGCAACGCCGACAAAGGAGAGUUUCCAUGGCUGGUUUCGAUCACAAGAAGAGGAGGACAUUUUUGCGGUGGGACAGUCAUCACCAACAAGUUCGUGAUGACGGCCGGACAUUGCCUCUGCACGGGAAUAGACCAGGACAGACUCCUACCCACCAGCAUCAAGAUAACCAUGGCCCAACACGACUUGUCACAUAAAGACGCCGACGCUUACCAAAUGGCAGUGGAAGCCAUCACCGUCCAUCCAGGAUACGAAUGCGACAGGCCCAAGGACGAUAUUGCCAUCUUGGAGGUAGCUGGAACCAUUCGGUGGUCUGAGACCGUGCUUCCGGCUUGUCUGCCCUUGGAAGGAAAUGAGAAUGAUUUCGCUAAUCUCCUGGCUACAGUGGCUGGAUGGGGCUGGACCAAUGAGGAUAGCAAUAAAGGUAGACGGGCAAAUAAUCUUCAGAAAGCCAAAAUCAACGUCUUCGAAACGAAUACAUGCAGAGCUUGGUACAAGUCUCAGGGAAAGCAAACUAGGAUCCAAGACAGCCAUAUCUGUGCCGGAUAUGAAAAUGGAGGAAUUGAUGCCUGUUGGGCUGAUAGUGGUGGUCCUCUCAUGGUAAACUCCAAUGGACAAAACGACCAAAUGAUCGUGGUUGGUGUUGUUUCGACAGGUAUCGGAUGUGCCAGGCCCUACCUACCUGGCAUCUACACCAGGGUAUCCGAUUAUAUACCUUGGAUUCGACAUGUGAUAGGAAAAUGAAGAGAAUUUUGAAAUAUUUUGUCAAUUGACAAAAUUAUCUAGUCAGAAAUACCACAGAACAAGUAUUAUUGUACCUAAUUUGAUAUUGUCAGAAAAUAAGGCCAACCCCUAUAAUUACCAUUUUUUAAAGCCCAUAUCAGAAGUUUUACAGAAGCGUGACAAACCACAAAUUAUUUCUUUACAUGAAACACCCUUUAUCUGAUUUUUUUUUCGGAAUCUGUGAUUCCACACGACGAUUUCAUAUGAUAUUCCAAAACUUUUACAUACUUGUUAUGAACGAUUACAAUAUAAUAUGUUACAUCAAGUACUAAAAGGUCUAUCUAAGGACGAAUUUUGAAAUGUUUAUUCCAAUUUUUUUAGUCGAAAAUAGGGAUUCUUCAUUAGCGAUUUUUUUAUAUUAUAUAUAUCGAAAAUAACUACGGCACUGAAUUCAGAGUGCCUCUAAAUGGGUGUGACCAGAAUUUCAUGUAAAAAUAUGCAUUAAUAACAAAGUUAUGACAACUCAAAAAUUCGAAAAC